AUGGGAAACACAGCGGUUGUAGCCAGCGGUGUCAAGAACCAAGGAAAUGCCGAAGCCAGCAAACUGUACCAGCUAGUGGACUUGAAGGGUGGUGGCGAUUUAGUUGAGUUAAUGAAGAAGGCUAGAUGGACCAAAAAUUAUACAGAGGUUGAUGACAGAAUUAAGACAGAGGUGCGGCAGUUUUUAUACAAUGAAGGCGAAGGAAAAUUAAUUCCAAUUGUGGAUCUAGUGAAGUUCAGGAACAAAGAUCGUUGCAGAAGUGGAAUCAAAGCAAGCAAGAACAAGCAGAAGUCUGCUCAAGAUCAGGCUAAAAUCGACAGCAUCAUGAUGAUGGAGAGUAAUCAGAUUGAUGCCAUUUUGUCAAAACAAGAUCAUAAGUUCAGGUUUCAGUGCUGGGAUUUGGACAAGAGAGGAACAGUCGGAGAAACAAUUCUCCACCUGUGUUUGCUGAAUGCCACACAGACUCAUGCUGACUUGGCUAAGAGAUUGCUGUUCUUCUUCCCAAAGAUGAUCAACGACAUCUAUUGUGGAGAAGAAUAUUAUGGGGAGACGGUCUUGCACUUGGCCAUUGUUAAUGAAGACCCUGCCAUGGUUAAGUUUCUGCUAGACAAAGGAGCAGACGUGGAGGCCAGAGUUUGCGGCAAUUUCUUCACUCCAGACGACCAGAGAGAGUCUCGCACUGAUGUGCUUGAUCAGGAAUGGGUUAUUCUCUGCAGGGAAACAAAUUACGAAGGCAAUGUUUAUUGGGGUGACUAUCCUCUCAGUUUUGCUGCGUGUUUGGACCAAGAAGAGUGUGUGCGCCUGCUGGUGGCCAAAGGUGCUGACCCCAACUUGCAGGAUGCUAAUGGCAACACAGUGAUGCAUAUGCUGGUGAUUUACGAUAACCUGAAAAUGUUUGACCUUCUCUACAGCCAGGGAGGAAGACUAGACAUCAAGAACCGGCAAAAUUUGACCCCUCUCACCAUGGCUGCUAAACUUGCACGAAAAGAUAUGUUUGAGCACAUUCUAGAGAUGGUUCGGGAGGUCUACUGGUUGUACGGCAAUGUGACGUCUGCUGGGUAUCCACUGACUGAUAUUGACACCAUAUCAAGCACAGGGGAGAUUAACAUGGACUCUGCAUUAAAUCUUAUUGUACAAGGGGAAUCUGAAGGGCACUUGGAGAUGAUGGAUGGGCUGAUUGUACAGUUGUUGCAGGAGAAAUGGAAAACAUUUGCUGGCUACAGGUUCUACAGGAGGUUCAUCCUGUUCAUCUUCUACUUCAUUGCGUUUGUGAUAUCCUUUGCCCUGAGACCAGCUGAUGACCUGUGCUCCAGCCUCAAUGAUACUUCACACUUGAGCCACUGUGAACCCAACCACACAUUCAACUCUUGUUACCUGCUCAUACCUUACCGAGACCAAGACAUAGCUCGGAUGUUUCUGGAAGCGAUUGUUCUCAUCUCUGCAAUAGUUUACAUUUUCCUGGCAAUGAAAGAGAUUUAUCACCAGGGUUUUAGGAUAUUUUUCUCCACAUUGACGGGUGCCCCAGCCAAAUUUCUAUUUCUGGUGUCAUGUCUGUUUGUGGUGUCCAUGCUGCCUGGACGAGCUGCUUGUGCGUCACAGUUUGAAGACGUUGUUGGAGUUUUGGCUGUUUUAUGUACAUCGCCAUACUUUCUGUUCUUUUGUAGGGGUUUUCGUAUUGUAGGCCCAUCUGUUGUGAUGAUCUAUAACAUGAUUCGCAAGGACUUGCUGCAGUUUUUCAUAAUUUAUCUUGUAUUUAUCAUCGGAUUCUCACAAGCCAUGUAUAUCCCAUUCCGCAUGCGGACCACUGUGUUCUCCCACCCUGUAGACAAUAUGCUAGGCAUGAUUUCCAUAAGCAUUGGAGAUUUUGAAGAGCUAUACAAGAUUUUUACCAAAUUACCGUCACCUUUAGAAGACAUUAUUAAAAUUGUAUUCAUUGUGUAUAUGAUUCUGGUGACCCUGCUGCUUGUGAAUAUGUUGAUUGCAAUGAUGGGCCGGACGUACGAGCUUGUCACCAACACACAGAAGGAAUGGUUCAGACAGUGGGCGAACAUUGUUCUUGUUGUAGAACAAACAGUGACAAAGCAGUGUCGACGCGAGCAAAUGAUUAAAUAUUCUGUGCCCUUUGGGGAAAAUGAACGGGCUCUUAUGAUUCGCUGGUAUCAAACGGAAAAGGAACGAGAAGAACUAAGGAAUUUACGAAACAAAAACAAGAUUUACCAGAAAGCCAUGGCCAGUCGCAAAGUCAGCAUCCGAAAGAGUUUGAACAGAAAUGAGUUGCCUUAUGUCCUUGCUGAGCAUGGACAGCUCAAUAUUUAA